GGCUACAUGCGCCGAUGUCACAGUGCAAUUCAAUAUAUAAUCGUUGCCACUUGAAGGGCGAUGAUUCCAUUCUUUUGGAAAAGCUCACGGGAGCCAAAUCUUGGGGUUCAUUGCGCUAAUCAGAACUCUCACAACCCCCCAUCUCUUGAGUGCGGGCAAAGAUAAGCAGCCAAACACUUAUACUUACUCGUGCCAAUAGCCCCCGUGACCUUUUACGCUUUAUAUAAAUUUAUCAAUGAGCCGGAGCAUGCCUCUGUAGCAUCUUGAUUCAAUCUUCUACAAGCAAUGAUUGGGUUAUCAUGACAUCGCCGUUCCCCAAGUCAACUUCUCGCCCUGGUGAUGGCCGCAUUGUCGUGAGACUGCUUCCAGCUGGAGGCAGUGGCCUUGAGACCAUCAGCUACCAAUACCCUUUGAAAUUGAUCUCGCCUUCGCCCACAGUGGCCCAGAAAAGCGCCUUGGUCUUUCUCCUAUCAUACGGAGGUGGCCUGAUUGGUGGUGAUGGCGUCAAUCUCACUAUUCGAGUCCAUAAAGGAUCGAGUCUCAGCCUAGUUACUCAGGGCCACACAAAGAUAUUCAAAUCUCCCUCGCCAGAAAUUGUUACAAGUCAGAGGCUACAAGUGCAAAUCGAUGAAGAUGCUGCCAUUUGCCUAUUGCCGGACCCUGUCCAGCCAUUUGAGGACAGCGUGUACGAACAGGUUCAAGUCUUUAACCUGGCCAAUCGGGCAUCGUUAUGCCUCUUGGAUUGGGUUACGCAAGGGAGGAUAGCGCGCGGAGAGAAUUGGAGCUUCAGGAGUUGGAAAGGACGCAACGAAGUUUGGACACAAGGAUCUGACCCAGCGCAAAAAGAGAGACUCCUAAUCAGGGAUAAUAUCAUCUUAAGCCAAGGUGGAAGCCAGCCAGUUGGCUUGUCACUGAAAGACACAAUGCAUAAAAUGAGCAUACUGGGCACACUUAUUCUCCGCGGACCGGUCAUGGCACCCAUUGGAGACUUCUUCAUGAGAGAAUUCGCUGCUCUUCCACGGAUAGGAUCUCGCGACUUUCGCUCGAAAGAGGAUCAAGAGAGGGACUCGAAGGAAAUGCCAGAGUUUGAGCAGUGGCGAUCACGGAGAAUCGAUAUGGAAAGGCAGCAGGGCGUGCUUUGGUCUGCGGCUCAGGUUCGAGGAUGUGUCAUUGUCAAGUUUGGGGCUGCUUCUGUGGAAGCUGGACGAUCAUGGAUUGGGACAAUGCUGGCAAGAGAAGGAAGCAUAGCCGCGUAUUUCGGGCAUUCAGCUCUCAUGUGUGUUGAGCCUUGAUGUAUUCUAUAUUUCAUUAGAUGUGUACCAGUACCUAUGAAACAUAAUGUUUGGUUGUUCCCUAG